AUGCCUCCAAAAAAAGGAGGAGGUGGUACUAUUAAACGUGCUGAUUCAUUAAAAGAAAAUGGAUUUAAUGUAGAAAAUGUUAUUCGUUUAACAAGUAAAGAAAAAAACUAUCCAACUCAAACAAUUAAAAUUACUUUUAAUGAUCCACAAAAUAGAAAUACAUUUGUUCAAACAGGAUUACAAAUUGAUUCAAUGCAUUUUACUGCUAAACCAGCAAUUCAAAAUAGUAAACCGGUUCAAUGUUAUUUAUGCCUUAAAUACAACCAUGUAGCAAAAUUCUGUAAAACAAAACAACAACUAUGUGCUCGAUGUGGUGAAAAUCAUCAUUAUGAUCAAUGUCCUAAUACUCAAGUUAGUCCAAAAUGUUGCAACUGCAUAGGUGAACACCUAGCGAAUUUAUCUGAUUGUCCAACUUAUCGUGAGCAAGAAAGAAGAAUUCAUAAAACGAUUAAUCAAUAUUCUACCACAACCAAACAAACAAGAACUACAACAGUUCCUAUUUUGAACAAUAAUGAUGAAUUUCCACCUUUAACAAAUGUUUAUAUACGGCAACAUGAUAUAUCACAUAACACAAUGAUUGAUGAAAUACUAAAUAUUCUCACUUUCAAAAUGGAAAAAAUUCUUGAAGAAACAACAAACAGACUUCUUAAUAUAAUUAAUCGUAAAAUUAACAAAUUACAGAAAUCUCUCUGCUCAAAUAAAAAUUUACCUUAUGAAAAUGCAACUGAAACAGAAAUUGAUAAUGACGAUGAUGAUGAUGAAAUUCAAGCCUUAAAUGUUGUUUCACCAUCAGCAACAACAGCACCAAAUGCUUCACAAACAGCAACUUCUACAUCG